AUGGUAAAAAAUAAUUAUAUAGUAAUAGUUUUUUUAUUAUUUUUUGUAAUAAAUAAUAUUUUUUGCAAUGAUACAAAAGAUUAUGGAACAGGUGGUAAACUAAUUGAAAAUAAUAGUGAUAGCAGUAGUACCAAUAACCAAAACAAAUUAAUAAAUCAUCAUAGUCAUAACCAUGGAUAUAAUAAAAAUAAAAAUCAAAGUACCACAAAUAAUAAAAACAAUCAGGAUUUUUUAAAUAAUUAUUAUAAAAAACAUAAUCAUACAAAAAAUAUAAUAAAUGAAAAAGACAUCAAUAUCAAAGAUUAUAAACAAACAAUAAUAAUAGAAAGGGAUGAGAUUGAAAUUAAAGAUGGUUUGGAUGAUUACAAUAAUGAUAUUGUUAAUUUAAAUUGCUUUAAAAUUAAUAAUGUAGAGAUUCAAGAGGUAUUAGAGAAUAGUAGUGAUGGUUAUGGAGAUGUAAAUUCCCAAAGUCAAGAUGGAGAGAGUAUUAAUGAUCAAGAUUUAACAUCCUUAGAAAAACAAAAUAAACAAAUAAUGAAAAUACAACAGAUAAGAAAUAAAUAUAAAAUAAUAAGUGAAAUUAAAGAAAAUAUAAAAUACCAUUUGGACUGGAAUUAUUUAGAUAGUAAAUGGAGAUGUGUAGAUUCAUUCAAAGAGAAUAGCUUUACAAAUUUCAAUACUUUUGGAGGUUCAAUUGGGGAGUUUAUCAUAUCUUUUCAUUUGUUUCAAGAUCAAACCAACCAAAGAAUAGAUGAUGAUUAUAAAUUAAUUAAUGAAGUAAUGAAGAAAUUUUUAAACAAUAAUGGGGAUACUUAUUUAAUUUACCAUUCAAGUGAGGAAAUAUAUGAAAAAUUAUUAAAAACUAUAAAAAAUAGCAUAGAGUAUUAUAAAGAUAAAGAUUUCGAUAUUCAAAAUGUUGAAGAAGACCAUCAAAAGUUUGUUUUACGUUUAUUGAAAAAUCCCGAGUUUAUUGGUUGUAAGUUUAUAAAGCAGCUUGUCUUAGGAGAUAGUAGUGGCAUAUUAAAUUCAAUAUCACCAAUACUAGUAAAAAAUGUAAUAGAGUCAUUUUUUAAUAUACUUUGGAAUGAAAAAAGUGAAAUUUCAAAUGUUUUAUUUGAAAUUGAUGACCACAGUGAAAUGGUUUCAAUUGCUGAAAUCAAAGUUGAUCCAGUAGUAUCUUGCAUAAAGAAACCAUUAUCGUUUCCAAAGAUCCAACAAAGAUUAAAUCAUAAUAAUCCAAAUGGUCAUAAAGCAUUUUAUAUAGUUCAGGAUGACGAGACUAUUAGAUUAGGUAUUAGGGAUAAAAUAGCAAAGUAUUUUUAUGAUGAAUUAUUGUGUGAUGAGCAUCAUCUAGAGAAACAUCGUAAAAAAGAUAUAUUGCCAUUUAAUGAGUUUAAAGCAACUUUAAACAACAAGGCUUUGAUAUUUAGGGAGUCAUGUAUAAAUAAUAUAAAGAAAGGAAAUGAACCUCAUUACAAAAUCCAAUUUAAUAUUAUUUUACCGGCCCCAUUAAAUAAAAAUAAUGUAAAACUAUCUCCAGUAAAAGAAAAUCCAAUAAAAAAUAAUCAAGUUACAAAUAAUUUCAAUAGAAAUAAUAUUAAAAACGGUUCCCCAUUAAAUAGUCAACAAUUAAAGGAUAUUCAAGAGAUGGUCAAAAAAGAAAAUGAAGAUUCAGAAUCAAAUAAACAAAAUACAAGUUCAGUAAAAUCAUUCUUUUCUGGUUUGUUUGUAGUUUUCAUUGUUUUAAUUGUUGGAUUAACAGUUUUAUUCGGUUAUAUAUCAUAUAAAAAAAGAAACGAAAAAUACAAAUCACAUAAAAGAUUAGAAAAUGUUUUUUCUUUAGAGGAUGACAUAGAAGACGAAUUUGAUUUAUAAUACAAAAUUUUAAAAACUAAUUAAAUAAAAUAAAAUAAAAUAAAAUAAAUAAAUUU